AUGGAAAAUAUUAUUCAACAAAAUCCAAUUUUAUCUCAAUCGAAUCAAGAUUCACGAUUAAAUCGUUCAUUAGAAACAAGUCAAGUUGUUGCGGUUGCUGCAUCUAUUAAUUUAAAAAAUCUUCUUUCUUAUCAAGAUGUUAUGAAUGCCAUUGAACGUGAUUAUCAUUUACAUGAAGGACAAGAACGUGAAAUAAUUAUGAAAUUAUGGUUAAAAGGACAAACAAUGAUUGCAAUUUUACAACGUUUUAGAUAUUUAUUACAAGAUCUUAAUAUAGAUGAUAAAGAUUUUUCUGAAGGAUUAAAACAAAUACGUGAAAAACUAAAUUAUGCUCAUCGUGAUGUAUAUUAUCUUCAAGAAAAAAAUCUUAUACUUGAAAAUCAAAAUCAUUUUCUUGAAAAUGAAUUUAAACGACAAUUAGAUAAAAUAGUUGAAGAAAAAAAUGAACAUAUUAAUCGACUUAUACAUAUUAUUGAUCAAACAUAUACACGAUCAACUCAAAUAAAUAAUCAUAUUAAUGAUGAAUAUUAUUCAUCAAAAGCUGAAGACUUAUCAAAAAAAUUUAUGGAACAAAAUAUUGAAUUACAACAUGAAAUUGAAACAUUUCGUUCUAAACUUGAUUAUAUUGUAACAUAUAUUAAUCAAAAAUUGGAUCAACAAAAAACAACAACAACAACAACAUCAUCAUCAUCUUUAUCUAUACAUCAAUUAGUAUUUGAAACUAUGCAACAAACAGAAAUGAAAUUACUUGAAUUUAAAUUAAAAUUUAUUUCACAACAAGAAGAAAAUGAUCUUUUAAAAUAUUUAAUGGAAAAAUCACAAAAUAUAUCAGAUAUUGAACAAACAAAAUUAUUUUCUAUUAUUCAACAACGUUCACUUGAACGUGAAAUUGAUCUUGUUCGUCAAGAACUUGAAAUUACAGAGAAAAAAACUAUUCAAUUUGAACAAACAUUUGAUAAUUCAGAUGAAGGAAUUAAAUUUCAUAUGGAAAAUCUUAAAUUAAAAUGUGAUGUAUUACAUAAACAUAUUCUAACAUGUAGUCAACGAUUAGAUGAAAUUAAUAAACAAAAUCUUAUGAAAUUAACAAAUGAAAAUCAAAUAUUAAAAAUUAGAACUCAACAUGAAGAAUCAAAUAUUGAUAAUAAAAGUAAUGAACUUGAAUUUGAAUUAUUACGUUUACGUGAACGUUAUAAUGAAGUAAUUGAACAUACAAAUACACUUAAAUAUGAAUUAAAUAAUGCACAAAAACAAUUACAUGAAAAAGAAAAUGAAAAAAUUGAACCAAAUUUAAAUGUUGAUUUGGAAAAAGAACGACGACGUGCAGAUGAAUUUGAAAAUGAUUAUAAAUCUUUAAAAAUAAAAUAUGAUGAUGUAUGUGAACGUAUUCAUACAGCUACACAUCAAUUAGAACAUGUACAAAUUGUACUUGAAGAAACAUCACGUCGUUGUGAACAAUUAGAAAAAGAAAAGUGUGAAAUUAAUGCUCAAUCUGAAUAUCUUUCACAAAAUGUUCUUAAUGUAACAUCAAAAUAUAAAGAUAAAUUAAAUACAAUUAAAGUUCGUUUAGAACAAGCAGAACGUGAAAGACGUGAAGUACAACUUCGUAAUGAACAAUUUCAAAAUGAUAUUGAACGUCUUAAAGAUGAAUUAUUACAUAAAAAAGAACUUAUUUUUGAAAAAGAAAAAAUUAUUCAAGAUACACAAUAUAAAAAUCGAGAAAUUCUUCUUGAAAGACAAUCAAUUGAAGAACGAAUAUCAAAUGAAUAUAAAAGAUUAAAUGAACUUGUUGAUAAGAAUAGUCAUUUGGAAGAAGAAUUAGAUCGUAUUCGACGAAAUCAACUAUCUGAAAAUCUUAUUGCUCGACAAAUGGAAGUUGUUAAUGAUUCAUCUAAACAAAUUGAAGAAUUAAAAUUAAAAAUUGAUGAAUUUGAACAACGUUUUAUAGAAGAAAAAACAUCAAAAGAAUCUUUACAAGUUCAAAUGAAAAUACUCGAAGAAGAAAAUACAGAUCUUCGAGAAAUAAUGAAUCAAAUGAGAAAACGAGCACAAUAUGGUCGAAAAGAAGAAAAAGAUCGUAAUGGUGAAAUUCAACAAUUAAUUGCACGUGCAGAAUUUAAUGCUCGUCAAUAUAUGACAGCUCUUAAUUUAACAAGUUUUACAUCACAAGCUGCAUUAGUGAAGAUAAUGCCAUUAUCUUCAACAACAAAAAUUUCAUAA